AUGUUCAUGUUCCUCUCCUUCAUACUCCUCAUGAUCAUCAUCGACGGUGCCCAACACCCCUCCAGCCCGGACUCCCUCUUCCUCCCGCUCCCCACCACCCCACGCCGGGAAUAUACCCCUACACCCGACACACCAACCUACACCUGCCGCACCCCCACCCCUUUCAACUCCAGCCCUGCCCGCUACGACGUGCAAAUCGCCGCCCUCAUCUUUAAAUACCAUGCCCCCAAGGGCGACAUCUGCGUUCAGGACAACAAGCGCUUUGCAAACUGGCCGUGGGCGUGUGUGCAUCUGUAUACGUUUGGGACGGCAAGUAUUGGGAUGUGUGGGCCGCCGGGGGCAAGCUUGGGGUGUCGUGAGGUGGCGGAUAUGGUGUUGGGAAUCGAGGGGGUUUGUGUUGAGGAAUAG